AUGGGCAGAAGCAGCCACGCCAGGUGCAGGGACAUUCAACCCGAGGGACUCCUGCAGCGAUGCGCAGAGAGAUUCUACCGGGACGCGGCCAGACUCAGCUGGUUCAUGGAUUGGGCGCUCACAAUCAGCCUCUCAUUGUCGGUGGUAAACGUCUACAUUCAAUCCCGCAGCAACGACUACCACGCGAAAGAAAACGGGCUCAAGCUCGUCAACUCGGUCGUCUGCUUCAUCGCCUUUUACGGUCUGAUCUCACUCAAUCCAGCAGAAAUCUACAAGAGCUUGCGCUACAAGCCGGACAAGCCGGAAAAGCGGAAGAAGAAGCGCAUCCGCGUGCUCAACUACGAACCCUUUCCAAAAUACACAGAGUCUUCUGGCAAGUCCUCCGCCAAGUCGGAGGGUAACUGA